AUGCCUCUUAGGUUGCACCCGAAGCUGUCUGCAAGGUAUUAUGGACCUUUCGAGGUAUUACCGCAGGUGGGGAAAGUAGCCUUUCAUUUACAAUUACCCGAGGCAGCAAGAAUUCAUCCAAUAUUUCACCUGUCACAACUAAAGAAGGCUGUGGGUGAGAAGAGGGUGGAGAAGGCACUUCCGGCUGAGUUACAAGCAAACGAACCCUUGUUUUGGCCGGUAAGGAUUUUAGACAGAAGAACAAGGCAGCUGGCAUCAGAGAAAAUACCUCAGGUGUUGAUAGAGUGGCAAGAAGGGGGUCAAGAGGGCGCCACCUGGAAGACGUGGCAACCAUACAGGAGCAGUAUCAUGAAUUCAACCUUGGGGUCAAGGUUGUUGGAGGGGAGGGGAGUAAUGUUAGGGGUUUUCCUCUUUGUUGCAUGCUUUGUUUAA